UACUAGAUUUACUUUGAAAUGCCUUCUCGCUCAAGAGACGUGUAGUUAAAGUGAGAGUAACGUUUGAACCUUUAAAACUAUUCGUGAUUAUUAUUUGAGAUAAGUAAAAUGGAGCAGAAUCACAUACCCUUCCCGUAUGAGUUCGAAGAGAUGACACAGGAAGAGAAAGAUGAAAAUAAAAGGCUGUAUAACUAUCCCAAAAUUGAUUUGAUCCGAAUGGGUCCAAAAGGGUAUGUGAUGCCACGAGCGUACAAAGAGCAAGCUGAGAGCAUUUACAACUUGCCAAUCAGACCGAGCGACAUCUACGUGGCCAGUUUCCAGAGGGCAGGUACAACGUUGACACAGGAGCUGGUAUGGCUGUUGGCCAAUGACUGUGACUUCAAGACUGCGUUAGAAGUGCCCAUCACUCAUCGAUAUCCGUUUCUUGAAAUUUUCAUGUUCUACAUCGAAUGGAAAAAAGAUCGUCUAGCGAAGAUCCACGAAGUCGAGGAAUCGAAGAGGGAACAUCUGAUAAAGGCGAUGCAGGUCAUGACACAGCCUGUCAUGGAGAAAUUGGCAGCGAUGCCAUCUCCCAGGUUCGUCAAGACGCAUCUGCCAAUGUGCUGCCUGAACCCCACUAUAGUGGACACGGCGAAGGUGGUGUACGUGGCAAGAGACCCCAGAGACAUCGCAGUUUCUUCGUAUCAUCAUGCCAGGCUCUUUGUCGUAUUCGACUUCGGAGGAACCUUCAAAGAAUUCUGGAAUUUAUUCGUAAACGACCGAUUUCCGAUGACUCCAUUCUUAGAUCACGUAAAGGAAGCGUGGAAUUUAAGACACCAUCCCAACAUGCUGUUUUUGUUCUAUGAAGAAAUUACUAAGGACAUGAAGACAACUAUAAAACGAGUAGCAGACUUCUUAGGGAAGGAAGUGACAGAGGACCAGAUGGCUCGUCUGUGCGACCACCUCAGCUUCGAGAGCUUCAAAAAGAACAAGGCAGUCAAUUACGAGGACCUGCGGGAGUUCGGUAUGAUGACGAAAGACGAAGUGUUUAUUAGGAAAGGUAAGGCGGGAGGUUGGAGAGAUUACUUCGACGAAGAAAUGACGCAGCAAGCUGAGAAAUGGUUGGAGGACAACCUGAAGGAUACCGACCUGCGCUUCCCUUCAACAAAAUAAUCAUUGAACUUUAUAUAGUAGUCCCUAUAAUUAAUUAUUUAAUAACACAUAGGUUAAUGACUGUUUGUGUUAUAAUAUCCUUGCAUUUGUUAAUUACUUUCAAUGAAUAAAAUAUAUGGUUUUACGGCAAA